GAUUCAUUGCCAAAUGCUUCAAUCCGCUGCCCUCGUCCGCUCUGUCGCCUCGCGCGCCUCCGCCACCGCCGCCGUUGCUGCUGCCGUCCCCAUGCGUGCCAAGCACACCCUUCCCGACAUGCCCUACGACUACAGCGCCCUCGAGCCCGUCAUCUCCGCCGAGAUCAUGAAGAUCCAUCACUCCAAGCAUCACCAAGCGUACGUCAACAACCUCAACAUUGCCGAGGAAAAGUACGCCGAAGCCACGGCCAAGAACGACUUGUCUGCUCAGAUUGCCCUGCAGUCCGCCAUCAAGUUCAACGGCGGUGGUCACAUCAACCACUCCAUCUUCUGGACCAACUUGGCCCCGGCUUCGCAAUCGGGCUCGCCUUCUGCUGAGCUCAACAAGGCCAUCAACGCCGAGUUUGGCUCGUUCGAUGCUUUCGUCGAAAAGUUCAACACCCAGACGGCUGCUGUUCAGGGCUCUGGCUGGGGCUGGCUCGGCUACGACAAGACCAAGGGCCGUGUCGUCAUCACCGCUUGCGCCAACCAAGAUCCCCUGCAGGCCCUGACUGGCCACACCCCUCUGCUUGGCAUUGACGUCUGGGAGCAUGCCUACUACCUUCAGUACAAGAACGCUCGCCCUGACUACCUCAAGGCCAUCUGGAAGGUCGUGAACUGGAACAACGUCAACGAGCGCUUCGCUGCCGCCUCCCGCAAGUAACCGCGCUUUUGUUUGCGACUUGGUUUUCGCCGUCGACGCCUUUUGCCCGCAGAAGGAGCCAUGGUUUUGUGAUGUACCUUGUAACGAAAAUACAGUCGCAACUCAUUCUUUUGAUAACGGUCUGAU